AUGUCCUUUGCACUUAAAUUGCAUUACAACAAGCACCCGAAGGUUGAUCCAGGUACAACAAAUCUCAAGAAGACGACAAAUGCCAUGAUUUGGAUGCGACUACGAGUGAGAUUCUGUUUGAAUUCAGCUGCAGGGAAAACGAUGACUGAGAUUAUCGAGUGCCUCUUGAGGGAGGAAUGCGAGAGUAGUGAUAGCAGCAGUAGCAAAGUGGAGUGCUAUGAAACUGGAGACAAUAGCAACCAUCACACAGAUGGAGACUAUGAAGCAGAAGCUCAAGUUGAAAGCUGA